CCCUCAUCUUCUCUCACAACUAUAUAACCCUAGUUUUGGGGGACCUUUAAACUGGAGGCAUGUUAUUCAGUAAAGUCUCCAGGGUUACCGUACGACACGUAUAGUAACCAACGUUAAGGCCGGAUUCCACGAGGCGGAAUUUUUCGACCGAAACGAAAUUUCUCUUUGUCUUUUUACAAUUAGUUCUGCUCGAGAGCUCUGAAACAAAGAGAAAUUUCGAUUCGGUCGAAAAAUUUCGCCUAGUGGAAAACCGCCUUUACUGGUUAUGUUACGUAACCUACAGGUCAAGUAUGUCAAAAUUAAUUCAAGAAAUUGCAAACGUCUAAAGAAUAUUUCAGCAUUCUUAAAACUCGAAGCCUUUCAACUAUGAACCAUUUUUAAACUACGACCAGAAACAUGUCGACAGUUUAUCGUAAAACGGUAUGGUUCGUCCGCGGGCUGCGUGAAUAUACGUUAAAUGGCUACCUUGAAGCGAAAAAGAAAUUCGAAGACUUAGACACCGACACUUAUAAAGACCUAAACGGUAAAGCGUAUAUGGUGACAGGCGCAAACAGUGGAAUAGGGAAAAGCGUUUCGUUAGAGCUCGCCAAACGUGGGGCUACUGUACACAUGGUUUGCCGCGAUAAAACGCGAGGGGAAGAAGCACAUCAAGAAUUAUUAGAAGCUAGCCCAAACAAGGAGGUGCAUUUACAUCUAUUGGAUAUGUCAAUGCCCAGAAAAGUUUGGGAAUUUGCACUAAAUUUUGCGGCAUCUGGAAAAACCUUGAAUGUUCUGGUAAACAACGCUGGUUGUAUGGUGAAUGAAAGGGUGGUAUCGCAAGACGGAUUGGAAAAAAAUUUUGCAACAAAUACUUUGGGGACUUACUUAUUGACCACUGGGUUGAUCAGCACACUUGAGAAAAGCGAAGAGCCUCGGAUUAUUACUGUUUCAUCAGGUGGGGUGUCGUCAUAGUAACUUUGGAUAAUGGGGUUGUUAGAGGGAUGGAAAAAUCCAAGAUUGCCCCUCCCAUUUAACACUGGUGGAAGAGGGAUUAGACCUCCCCCACAGAGGAAAUUAACAGCCCCCCUAUCCCCUUUAUUUUAUUAUUAUCAGAGGUGUACUCUCCAUACACCCCUCCAGAUGGCAGAAAUUACCUCUGUGGGGAGAGUGUGGAUCUUUUCUGGAAUGACCCAUUAGAGAAAUUCGAUAUUUAAAAGGAGAAGUUAAUAAACUUUCCCUGUGAGCAGAAGUCUCUGUAUCUUGUAUUUCUGGUAAGCUUCUCAGAUGUAUGUCUUAUUUUCAUUCUAGGUGGAAUGCUUUUGGUCAAGCUCGAUGUUCAAGAUUUACAAUUUGAGAGGAUGAAUCCAUUUGAUGGCACAAUGGCAUAUGCCCAGAAUAAACGUCAACAGGUGAUCAUGACAGAAAAAUGGGCUGAAAUGUACAAGUCAACAGGCAUUCACUUCUCAUCUAUGCACCCAGGUAAUAAGCAAGCUCAACAUAUUUGUUAUUACCAUGACAGAGUUCUAUACACAGAGUGUGGAUCAACAUUUUCAGAAAGAAUUAAAUCAUACAUUUGAGCCACACCAGAAAACCGCACCCAAUCCCUCAAUGGUCGCACUAAAAACCGUAAAUUUUGGAACAUAUGUGUUCAAUUUCAAACACUUCCCAAAUUAAUAAGGUUAAAACCAUUGAAAGUGCUUUCUAUAAUUCUACAGUUUGCAUGAUUGCCAAAUGAUUUGCAUGAUUGCAAAUUGUCAUAUUAGAUGGUAACUGUGGUUAAUUUCAAGCAAAUUGACACACACUAGGUUUGUCCCCCUGGGCAGUUUAGGGGAGGUUGCACAAAGUGUACAGGGGCAUUUUGGGAGAACUUGACUGCAUGCAUCCCUGCAUUGCUAAGAAUACCAGUUUUUAUUUUAAUUUUUCAGUUCUUGCCUACUAGUGCUUGCUCAAAAUUGUUGGUACCCUUUGAUUUUUUAUAGGAUGGGCAGAUACUCCUGCAGUAAAAUCAUCAAUGCCAGAUUUUCACAGACGGAUGCAAGGAAAACUGAGAACACCCGAGCAAGGUGCGGACACUAUUGUCUGGUUAUGUAUUUCCAAGGAAGCAGUCAAAACUCCAAGUGGAUCAUUCUUUCAGGACCGUCAAGCAGUUUCAAAACACCUCCCUCUUGCUUGGACAAAGUCCUCGGCUGGUGAUGAGGAGACACUGAUGACAAAAUUAAAGGAACUUGCGGAGAAAUUUAGGGUAGAAAAUACACCUAAUGAAUGAAUGAUUUUAACUCAAGGCCAGAUAUAUAAUACAAGCCAAAUGAACAAGACUGAAGUAGAGUAAAUGUUUGACUGAAAUAUGUAGCCACCUAUUGUGAUUUGUGUCAAUACUACUGUAUUUGUAUUUAUAUUAGUUGCGAGUAAAGGUCUGACUAAUUUAGAAGAACUAGUCUGAAUUAUACAAUGACAAUUGCCAACAGUAUACACAAAAGAAGAGUAAUAGUAUGUUUGUAUUGCCUUCUGUAUAAAAUAUUAUUAUUAUUUUAGAAACUUCAUAUAAUCAUGUCUAUACUGUGUUUGUAUUCUUAUUAGAAAAGUAUAUCUCAUAGGAAA